AUGGUAGAUUCCCCCCCUGCUCAACCCGUGGGCGUGCAGCAGCGCUCUCCAUCGUCCGCUGCUCCUGCCCGCUCCCCUGCAAGUACCGUCAAUUCUACCCAGGAUGAUAAAUCUAACGCUUCCCGCCGACUAGGCGAAGGCUUUAAUUGGUCCGAGGCUCUACGCUCCCGCGCCGAGCGCGCCCCGUCCAUCGGCGGUCCGAUCUCCCCUCCGCUAAUCGCGCUCCGCAUCACCAACGUGCUACCUCCAUUGCGUCGAUGGAAUCCCCGGGCCGCGAAAUACCGAGACAGCCCAAGUACAAUAAGCCCGACUUCUUCCAGGAGAAGAUCUUGCGUGGCGACUUUAUGGACUGAGAAGCUCUGGACUUCCGUCAAUCUCGCAUCCCCUUGA